AUGAUGCUGCUUCCACGCGCGCUUACAGGAGCGUGGCGCAUAUCGUUCAGUGCUGCUGCCAAGACAUUGUCCUUUCAUACGACGGCUGUGCCAACGUUUCCUAGAGCACGGCGUUCUAUAGGGCCUUCGCGCACUGCAGUCGUGUCUCAUGGACGAACCGACACGCACACAUCACAGGCGUCGUCGUCGCCGCGCAUCCCUGCCGCGGUACCGUGGUUCAUGGAAGAAGAAGUGAUUGAUGCGCCGGUGCCGCCACCUGCACCCAGCGCUGAUGUCCUGCCACCCAUUGCAUGGCUCCCCUCCUAUAUACCUGCUACAAGCGAUAUUCCCGAACAGCUUGCCCAACUCAUUGACAUGUGUGUCACAGGCCCGCUCAGCGCGCUUGUGGCACGGCCAGCAGAACCGGACGACAUCGACAUCGACGAUUGGUCCGAACGCGUACGCGGCUCGCCACUGGCUGUGAUUAAGCCGAUGAAUCCAGCCGAUACCGUCGGCGAUGAAGGUCAGGAUUGGAUCGUGGUCGUGCAAGUCCGCGGCGCUGGCGUAGGAACCGUGCGCCGGGUCGCGUCGGACAUCGGUACGUAUCUCAAGCACACGCGUCCACCAGCACCUGUGCCAGCUGAGGCGAUUGCCUUGGAUGCGAUCCUUGGACCUGCUCAAAUUGUCCAUGAGCAGGAUGGGCUUGUAAGCGAUGGUCCCGCGGAGUCGGCCUCUGCCUCAGGACGAGGCGCACGGCCUUCUGGCAUGUCUCGUGCUGAGCAUGAGGCAGGCCAGCAUCUGCCAGCGUGGGAGAUCCAAAAGCUCGCCCUUAUGCGCAAGUUCCCCGAUGGAUGGAUGCCCAUGACAAAACUGUCGCAUGAGGCGCAGCAUGGCUUGCGUCUCUUGCAUGCAGCAGACCCUGAGCGAUUCCACAUCGGCGUUCUCAGUCGACGAUUCCGCAUCAGCCCUGAGAGUGUGCGACGGAUUCUGCGCAGCAAAUGGCAGCCGAGUGAAGAGGCCGCCCAGCGACAAAACAGGCGCGCAAAGGUGCAAUGGCGACAGCAACCGGCGCACGCCUCGAAAGACGAAGCGGAUGAAAUUGCCGGGUUACGUCAGGGCGGAGUUCCGGUGAAUACAGAGCCUCGUCAGACAUCUCCAGAGAUGAGUGUCGUGGAUCCCUCCUACGAGCAUCCCGUGCGAAUGGAAGGCUUGGUGUCAAGUGCUGACCUGGCCGGGGGCCGCCGGCGCCAGAAAAGCGUUGCCUCCCGUGGGAGCGGUGACUGGUGUCUGAUCGAUGCUGGAUGGUGUGUGGUGCAUGUCAUGACGGCCAAGGCGCGCGAACAUUACCGCUUAGAGGACAUGUGGCGAUAUAAUGGGACCUCGUGA